AGCGAGAUCGCCUUAGCAUCAGAUCCUCGAAGGAUGCAUGUGCUAAGGCGUCCGUCGUCAUCGCGGCUCUGCACCGCUCGGACCAGCAGAUCUGCCGAAAUCCUUCCUCAGUGUUGCGCUGCGCGUCUGUUCUCGACCUAUGUUGACAGCACGGACCGCAAGACGGCCGUCAGCAUCAUGGAGGACCCCGCAGACAUCCUCCAAUACUUCAUUCAGAACUCUGGUCGGUCAACACGCAAAACAACGCUCGAGAUCUCACCAGUGAGUUCCUUGUUGUCUGUUAUCGUGCAUCACCAGACAUGGAUGCGCCAACAUUGGAGACCACUCUGCGGUGCCUGGGCCGCAUUGCCAUCCGCAAUGGCGCGCGGCAGAUGGAGUCCAUCACUGCCGAUGAGCGGUUCCACCGGCUGCUGGGGACGAUAGGCAGUCGGCUUGAGGAGGCUAACGGGAGGCUGCUGGCCAUGCUGGCGACCGCCAUGGCCUACUUCAGGAACCCUGGUGGCGAGCUGCUGGAGCUCGUGCACAAGCUGGGGGAUGUGGUCAUGCGCCGCGAGAACGCAUUCAAUCCCAGAAACCUCUCGUCACUCGCACUGGCCUUCUCCACGAUGGGUGGGGGAUUGGGGUGGGUGGGUGGGAAGGGCACAUGAGUGUGUUGGUUGGGUUUGUCCUCUCCUCUCUUAUCAGGUCACCGUGACCCGAAUUUGAUAGAGUUCAUUCGCGUGGAGGCGGUCAAGUACAUGCAGGACUUCCGCCCCAACGACCUGCACGUGAUCAUGGACGCCUACAGGCGGUGGGGGGUCUACAACAGGGAGCUGGCAGACAUGCUCGUCGAGAGGAUGACCGACGAAAUCGACAGGUACACCAGCAAGGAUGUCAUCAUGACGCUGCACGUGCUCUCACAGGUACGUACGGGCGCUAACACACGUGUGCAAUCACACACAUAUCUCCAUCCCUGCGUAUCUCCCUGUGUGUGGUGUGGUGUGGCUCGCUGCAGGUCGGUCUUGCUCGCGGCUUUCUUCUGCGCCGACUGGCCACGCUGGCAUUCGAAAACCUGGGUGUGUAGGCGAGAAAAGACACUCACACGCGCACAAAACGCACACGCUGUCGGAUGCGAGGCUGAUUCCUGCCUGUCUGCAUAUAAUGUAUACAGGUGACUUUGACACCCGUCAGCUGGUUACACUCUUCUACUCCCUCUCGCGUUUGCGGUUCCUCUCGACCCAAAACUGCGACGAUCUGAUCGAUGCCCUCAAGAUACGCGACCUGGACCCCAAGAGCAUAAACCUUGACUGCAUGGCCAUCGCACAGGUGACAUUGACACAGACAGACACAGGCAGACUGUGCGGCCCACGUACAUCGAUCGAUCUGUGCGUAUGGCAUGUUGUGUGCAGAUUCUAUUUUCCCUUGAGACGGCCGGCUACACGGAGAACCCUGCCAUCAUUCAGUGCCUGGUCGACGCGUACCAGCACAAGAUCACCGAGGGCAAGGCGACCGUGUCGCUCCUUGGAAAGGUCCGGUCCGCACUCACACACGCACACUGUCCUGUCAGUCAGCACGUCGGGUUUGACCAAGCGUUCGUUGUUCUCCCCUGCUGCCUGGCUGGCUGCCUGCACCCAGGUCGACAUGGCCCAUGCGCUGUGUUUCUACAACCUCAAAGGUGGGCUGAGCAGCAAAUGAGAGCGCAUGCCAUGCAUCACCUCAAGGUGUGUGUCUGUGUGCGUGUCGUUGGCAUUUGCGUAUGUAUAGGCACCCAGCCGUUGCUCGAGAAGACUCUGCAGGACAUCUUUGCCGGACAAGUCACACGAAAUCGGUAAGACACUACAUACAUACGCAUGAAUCUAUCCUUCAUGGCUGCCUGCCUCCCUGCCUCUCAGUUUGCUGCACACCAAGCUGUGGGAGGUGAUCGGCGCGCUGGAGGUGGAGCAGAAGGGGAUGCGUGUGGACAUCCCCGUGCAGUGGCGGGCGGCCUGCGAUGAGACCGACCGUCUCGAGCAGGACAAGACCGAGACGUCCCGCGUCCACUCGGAGGUGGUCCUGGUGCUCGACAACCUCAAGGGCAAAUACGCACUCAGCGUGCUCAGGAACCAACGAGCAGGUCAGCCAGUCGGUUGGUCAGUCUGCCAUGCAAUGCGGUGUCUGUCAGGGGGGUGGUGUGUGGUUGUGUUGUGUGUGGUCAGGCUACUACCGUGUGGACUUGUAUGACGAGGAGACCAAGAUAGCCAUCGACCUCGACACCGUCAACAGACCUGUGGGGAGGCUCCUCAAACACAGGUAGGUCACAAACACACACCCGCUGAUGGUCUGCCGGUUGGUUUGCACAAAACUUGUGAUCGUCGUCUCUGUGGACUGACUGUCUUGCUUAGGCACAUGUCGCUUCAGGGUUACCGCCCCGUCUCACUGGACUACUGGAUGUGGAGGAGAUGCAGAUCGGAGGUGGGCCGCCGACUCACCCACACACACACACCAGCAACCAACCUGCGAGCCAGCAUGAUGUCUGUCUGUCGUAUUGCCUUGCGUGCAGGAGGACCAGACUCUGUUUCUGAAGCAACUGCUGACGCGGCCUUUGGUGGAUGCGGGGCGGCUGGAUGCGUCGGCCCUGCCUUCGGCCGACCGGCCCCAGCAACAGCAGCAGCCAGCAAAGACGGCCUUCACAGACAGUGCGUUCGUGCAGAGUGACGACGAGCGGCGGCUGACAGAGAGCGAGAGUGAGGACAGGAUGAGUAUGUGAUGGAAUGGGAUCCAUCCGUGUGAUGUGAGUGGAUGGGCCCUUCUUUGGCUUGUGCGAGGAGUGGAUGAAGUCACUGACUGCACUUGUGGGUGCUUCAAUGUCGG